GAUCAACACUAGGUCAGACCAAAACAUGGAGACCGAGGUCCAUAACUUCGUCUUCGUCUGGAUCUCCGUCGUCGCUGCCCUAAUAUACUGCCGCUACAUCUCCGACCUCGUCCCCGUCGGACCCAAGAGGCUCCUCCUCUUCCUCCCGGUCAUCCUCCUCUUCCUGCUCCUCCCUCUCCGUCUCACCACCAUCUCCCUCGGCGGUCUCACCGCCUUCUUCGUCGCCUGGCUCUGCAACUUCAAGCUCCUCCUCCUCGCUUGUGGCAAAGGCCCUUUGGCCCCGCCGUCGCCUCCUCUCUCUCUUCCGCUUUUCGUGGCCGUCGCAUCUCUUCCGAUCAAGAUCAGCCCUUCCGCGGGGGCCGCGGCUUCCAAGAACGGCGGCGGUGGCGACGGACUCAAGUCGCCGGCGAAUUACGUCGCGAAAUGUCUGUUGGUGGCUUCGCUCUUCCCGCUCUACCAGCAGAGUGACUACGUGCACGAGAAGGUCAUGAUGGUGGCGUACUCCAUCCACAUGUAUAUCGGGCUUGAGGUGGCCCUGGCGGCCGUCGGCACGGUGGCUGGCCGGCUCAUCGGCGCGGCGGUGGAGCCACAGUUCGACGAGCCGUACCUCGCCACGUCGCUCCAGGACUUCUGGGGGCGGCGGUGGAACCUCAUGGUGACGAGCAUCCUGCGGCCGAGUGUGUACGACCCCGUCUGGUCGGCCUCGGGCCACCUCGUCGGGAGGCGGUGGGCCACACUGCCCGCCGUGCUGGCCACGUUCGCGGUCUCCGCCCUCAUGCACGAGCUGAUCUUCUACUACAUCGGGAGGAAGGAGCCCGCGUGGGUGGUCACGUGGUUCUUCCUCCUCCACGGGGUCGCCGUGGCGGCGGAGGUCGCGGCGAAGAAGGCCCUGCGCAGCACGAGGUGGCGGCUGCCGGCGGAGGCGUCGAGGCCGCUGACGGUGGGGUUCGUGGUCGUGACGGGGUUCUGGCUGUUCCUGCCGCCGCUGCUGCGGUGUGACGCGGUGGGGAAGGGGCGGAGGGAGACCAUUGCGGUUAUCGAGUUUGGGAAAGGGGUUUGGAGCAUGUUGAGAUUUAACUCAUUUAACGUAGUAAGUGGUCCUUGAAUUCCUCCAUAUUUUGUAAAGAUUAGUCGUCCUUGGGCCACAAACAUAGUUAAAGGGCGGAUUUUGAAAAACUUUCUUCUAAGGCUGGUCGAACUAUUUUAAAAGCUUAAAUUAUUA